GAUGAUGGAGAAACGCAAAGGAAAGAAGCGAAAUUUUGGAGAUUGUGAAGUGGAAGUCCUUGUUUCAGAGGUUGAGGCAAGGAAGGAUGUGUUGUUUGGUGGCCUUAGGAGUGGCAUUACCAACAAACGCAAGUUUGUUGAGUGGCAGCAUGUGGCUGCAGCAGUAAACAAUUUGAGCUCCACAAGCCGAACUAUUGCAGAGGUAAAGAAAAAGUGGUCAGAUUUAAAAGUCGACGCAAAGAAGCAAAUUGCUUUGCACAGAAAAAAAUUAACUGCAACUGGAGGAGGAAAGGCUACACCUGCACCAUCUCUUUUUCACGAGAGGAUGGCUUCAAUAAUUGGGGAACCCCUGUUAAGCGGAGUGGUGAGUGAGAAGGAGGGUGACACGGACUUAGCUGAUGAACCCUGCACAAAAGAACCAGAUGGGAUUGUGGAUGUUGAGAGUGGCCAUGAAGCGGAGGACUGCCAACCCAGCCCCAGCGGCAUCUCCGGUGCCGCUCAUGCCUCCAGCGGAGUCUCCAGUGCUGCUCAUGCCUCCAGUAGUGUCUCCAGUGCCGCUCAUGCCUCCAGUGGUGUCUCCGGUGCCCCACGUGUCUCCUUCCAUGGUCGUGUUCUUACUGAAGCUGUGCUGCAAACACAAGUCAGCACAAUUGCAGCAAUUGAAAGGCUAACAACUGAGAUGAGAGAAAUAAAGGGGGUACUAUCAGAAAUGUCAAGCACAUUAAAAGAACUUGUUAAAAAAUACCUUUUCGUUGAUCUUCAGUUAUUCACAAUCGAAGCAUCACGUCCUUGCUUGGAGAGAGUCUGGUGGGUAAGGGUGUGGAUCUGGUUCAGGGUCCUCAAGUUGGUUGGCAGUUAA